UAAACUCGAUUAGGGUUGACCGGAAUGAAAAGAACGCAACAGCCAUAACUGGGAGUGUUUGUAGUCAGAUUGUUAUUUCUGUUAUUUACUGUGGGUAAAUAUCGAUAAUUUACUAUGAAGGAGAACGCUUGCUUCAACGUGAAAUGUCUAAAGACUAUUCUUUAUGUUCUUAUCUUUCUAUUCUGGUGUGCUGGGGUGACCUUAGUAGGCGUUGGAAUAUGGACAUUGGUUGACAGAUUUGAAUAUAGUAGUCUGUUAGGAAGUGAUAAUUACAUCAUAGUAGUUUCGUUAAUGAUCGUAGCUGGUAUUGUGGUCAUAAUUGUUGGCUUCCUGGGAUGCUGUGGUAGCAUCAAAGAUAACAGAUUUAUGCUUAUUGCUUUCUUUGUUAUGGUAGUUUGUGUGUUCUUGGUGGAAUUAUCGGCUGGUAUUGUCGCUUUUGCUUAUAGAGGCCAGCUUGAAAAUGAAUUAGAAGACAGUUUCUUGAAUGCAAUGAAUAAAUAUGCAAUCGACGAUAAGGAAACAAAAGCAAUCGAUAAAGCACAGGAAAAGUACUGGUGUUGUGGAGCCACGAGAUACUAUCAGUGGAAUGAGACUGUUUGGUUUAAUCUUGGUAGUGGAAAUGGAAAUAAAACGUUAGCUGGUAGCAGUGAUAAGUUAAAAGUUCCUGACAGCUGUUGUAAACCACCAAUAGUGGAAGGCUGUGGUGAAGUGACUCAUCCCUCUAAUAUCAACUACAAGGGUUGCAUUCAGAAGUUAUCAGAAUAUAUCGAGGACCAUCUACUUAUACUGGGCGCUGUUGGACUUGGAGUUUCAAUACUACAACUUCUUGGAUUAAUAGUCACAGCGUUGCUUAUCCAUCUCGUGGAAGAAUACUAAAGUCGUCCAAGAAUUACAGAAAUGAACAGUUUUAAAUAAGAAGUGUUUGUAUAUUUUUCUUAGUUAUAAAUAGGAUUAACUUUUUAAAAAUGGAAAUGUUAUUUUAAAGACUCUUGUAGAUCUAGGUUAAUAAGGUACUGACUAUCUAAGAACAUUUGUACAUUACCUGGAAAUACUUUAACCGUUUUUAAAAGGCCCUGUUACACGGUGCAACUUUUCUUGCAACUUGCAAUGCAAUUCUACUUUUGAGAGAUGUAUAUUUGGGA